AUGGGACAAAAGACGAACCUGAACUUGGUGGAUGAAUGCGACAACUUUCCAUACUACUCCGACAAUCCAGAAGCAUUUGAGAAACGACUGCAGGGAUAUUACCAUUUUCUACUGGAGGGAUGCGAGGAAUGUCUAGGCUACGUGACUUCUAGCGUCGCAGUUCAACUGCCCAUCACCCAACAUUGGCACCGCGAUGACAGCAAAAAACGGCUGAUAUUUCAGCCUCGGGAUGGUAGCGGUGCGCCGGUCCAACAGUUGGAGAAGCGAAACAAGAUCCUUGCAGAGUACCUCCAGGACGUCAGGGAAAAGAAAAUCUUUCGAGUCCUGGAUGGUUGGCGUGCCGAACUCUAUCCAAUAUAUGGUCCGAACAAGGAACUGUUGUUGAGCAUGGAACGAUCCGCCACACCUCUGUUUGGAGUGGUCACUUAUGGUGUCCAUAUGACUGGCUAUGUGAUGACUGACGAGGGUAUGAAGAUAUGGGCGCCUCGACGUGCCCUGACCAAGCAAACGUACCCAGGCAUGAUGGACAACACCGUCGCCGGCGGAAUGAGUGCCGGAGAAAAGCCCUUCGAGUGUCUGGUGAGAGAGUGCGAGGAGGAAGCUUCACUGCCCGCGCAGCUUGUUCGUUCCGCCGCCCAGGCUUGCGGCACACUGACAUACUUUCAUGUCCGCGACGCCAGAGCCGGGGGCGAGGUAGGACUCUGUCAACCCGAGGUACAAUAUAUCUAUGACCUCCAGAUGCCGCAGGACGUGAUACCCCAGCCUGGGGACGACGAAGCAAUUGAUUUCCAGCUUUUGACGGUACAAGGAAUCCAGCAAGCCAUGGCUGACGGGAGGUUCAAGCCAAAUUGCGCCCAUCUCCUCCUAGAAUUCUUCGUCCGGCAUGGCAUUCUGACCGCGGACAACGAGCCUGAUUAUAUCGAAAUUGUGUCUCGACUGCACAGGAAGUUGGAGUUCCCGACUGCUUGA